AUGCCUCAGAAGGAUAGCCCGAUGUUAGUGAACAGCUUGGAGAGUGUCGCUGAGAGGACUAAAGAGCCCAUGAAGUUGAGCGAGAGCAAGAUCUGGAAUGGGACAAAUGGCCUUGGGGCGUGGUACCCCUCGAAGAAGACGGGCGCGGCAGUCAGGACACAGCCAGAAAGAAGCAUGCAGAGGAUGAGAGAAAAAAGUCAACCAGCACGCCAGAAUGAGCGCAGAUCUGGUCUGCACAAGGUUGACGGCAUCUGCCUGCUGAACCCCAUCUUGUAUCUCAAGGUCGAGCAAGCUUUUGGACGAGCCUGCAUCUACGUCCGUGGGCAACUCAUCGGUGUUAGGCUCACCUGCGCCGUAGUGAUUGCGGCUGUUGUUGAGGAGCGGUCUCUCUGA